GUCAAAAUAUAUGAUAUAUUCCAGUUUCGGUAAUAAAGGAAUAUUUUAUGUUGAAGAGCAUAGCAUUUGUUAAAGCAGAAAUCAGCAUAUGAAAAAAUAGCUCAAAUGGUUUCAAAGGAUAUUCAUAAGAUAAAAAACAACAAGAAAAUGAAUAUUUCUGAUAGGAUCAGGAUAUGCGAAGUUUGUGGUAAAAUCUAUAUUAAACCAGUAGAAUUUUUCUGUCACUUCUCAACAAACCAUAUUGUAAAUCAGAAGAAAUUACACAUCAACAGAAAAAUCACAGAAGAAAUUAUUCCUAGUAGCACUUUCAUUAAUUUUAAGGCAGAUGUAAAAGAGGAAAUAAUUGAAGAAAAUUUACAAGAAAGUGGAAUCGAUAGUCAGUUAAAACACAUUAAUUAUUCAAAUCCUUCUCCAGAUGACGACUGGAUGUGCUCUUGUUCUAAAAUUCAUAAUAAUCUAGUAAAAUGUGAAAUAUGUUCAAAGAAUUUGAAACAUAAAACAAUUUUUAAUAGACGUAAGAAACUUUUGGUUACUAAUUUUCGGUCUUACAGUCAAAAAUCGUUUAAAUGUGAAAUUUGUUCAAAAUCCUUCUCCACAAAAAACAAAUUAACUAUACACAUGCUGUAUCAUACAGGGGAAAAACCAUUUGGAUGUGAAAUAUGCUUAAAAUCUUUUUCACAUAAAAGUAACUUUAUGAGACAUAAGCGUUCGCAUAAAGACAAAAAUCAAUUCAAAUGUGAAAUUUGUUCGAAAUUGUUUUCACAUAAAGCAAAUUUGAAUAAGCAUAUGCGUUGUCAUACAGGCGAGUCACCAUUCAAAUGUGAAAUUUGUUUAAAAUCAUUUGCACAAAAAAAUCAUCUAACCUCACAUUUGCUUUGUCACACUGGCGAAAAGCCAUUCAAAUGUGAAGUUUGCUCAAAAUCUUUCUCGCAGAAAAGCAUUUUGACUGUACAUUUGCGCAUCCAUACAGGAGAAAAACCAUUUGAAUGUGAAAUUUGCUCAAAAUGUUUUUCACAUAAAAGUAAUUUCAUGAGACAUAAGCGUUCUCAUACGGACGAAAAACAAUUUAAAUGCGAAAUUUGCUUGAAACUGUUUUCACAUAAAGCUAAUUUGAAGAAACAUACGCGUUGUCAUAUGGGCGAAUCGCCAUUCAAAUGUGAAAUUUGUUUUAAAUCUUUCGCACAAAAAAAUCAUCUAACCUCACAUUUGCUUUGUCACACUGGCGAAAAGCCAUUCAAAUGUGACAUCUGUACAAAAUGUUUCACGCAGAAAAGUAUGUUGACUGUACAUUUGCGCAUCCAUACAGGAGAAAAACCAUACGAAUGUACAAUUUGCCCUAAAAGUUUUUCUUUGAAAAAUGUUUUGAAUGUACAUUUGCGAACCCAUACGGGGGAAAAACCAUAUGAGUGUACGAUCUGCUCUAAAACUUUCUCACUUAAAAAUAUUUUGAACGUGCAUAUGCGAUCCCAUUCAGGUGAGAAGCCAUUCAAUUGUGAAACUUGCCCCAAAAGUUUCUCAAAUAAAAGCAACUUGAAAACUCAUAUGCGCAGCCACACCGGCGAGAAUCCAUUCAAAUGUGAUAUUUGUUCAAAAUCUUUUUCACAAAAAAUUACUUUAAAAACACAUAUGCAGACUCACACAAGAGAAAAGCCGUUCAAAUGUGAAAUUUGUUCAAAAACUUUUUCACGGAAACUCUAUUUAAAUAAACAUUUAAAACUUCACGGAGAAAUCAUUCUCAACGAGCAAGAGUCGAUUCAAAUAUGAUUAUUUUCAUGCUGUAGCAAAUGUAAUAAAAGUUUCCGGAAAAACUUCAAUAUAAUUAACUUAGAAUGUAGUUGCCAUAGAAAACACAGAUUUUAUAAUGCUUCAAUUGUCAUAUGUUAUUUCAAUAAAUGUCAAAUUAUAACUUAGUUAUAGCGUACAAGUUUGAUAUCCGAAAAAGUAUACAGGUACGAGGUCAAAUAAUUAGAAUACGCGCUUAGAGGGCGCCCUAGAUCGGUGGGGUCUCGUUAAAUUGAAAAAAAACUCCGACUGAGUGCUAUAAAUUGUUGCAAGAGGCCUAUGGGGAGAAUUAUCUAUCUCGUGCGUGUUUUAGAGUGGUGUAAGCGCUUUGGUGAGUGCAGAGAGAGCACUGAAGAUUACCAGCGCCCAGGUAGCCCUGCGACUGUUUCAACUCCGGAAACAGUGACUAAAAUGAACCAAAUUGUGCGUGCAGAUCGUCGAAUGAUUGCCAAGGCUGUAAUCGCCGAUAAAGAAACGGUUAGAAAAAUUUCACACGAUGCGCAGUUGGUGCCAAAAAAUCUGACUCCUGAUCAAAAGGUCAUGCGUUAAAGUCGAUGGAAGCGGUGAAGCAAAAAACGGCAGAGCUCGUAAAGAAAGAUGUGUGGCGAGGGGAGGGGAGUAUUCGAAUGUAGAAUAAUUUUUAUAAUAAAACCCUUUUUCGUAACCAGCUUCGUUAUUUAAUAGCCAGAACUCGCACACUUUAGCAGAACAGUUGUCAAAAACUGAUAUUGUGGAUAAAUUUAUAGAUCAGAAUAUUUGUACUUUCGAUCAGAAUAUUCAGAU